AUGAAAGCACGGACGCACGGACGCACGCGCGCGUCCACGCGAGCUUGUCAUUUUCUGCCGGAGUUUGGCCGGGGAAAAAGUUUGGGUGGGUCGCGCUGUUCUUGCGCCGCCCCACAGUCCAAGUUGUCGCGCCGCCUCAACUUUCAGCAGCGCAUUCCACUGGAACUUUUGUUUGAGCUUGCUUCAACCCACCUCAACCACAUACGUCCAUCAACCAUACACAGCACCCCAUCUCUCCCCGUUUGCGCCAACUCGAAAAUCAAGAUGGCUGAAGGUGGUAUUGAUCGCAAGGCCGAUGAGAAGCUCACGUUCUCGACCUCGAAGGAGGUCACGGUCCACCCAACUUUCGAGUCCAUGUCAUUGAAGGAGAGUCUCCUUCGUGGUAUCUAUGCCUACGGCUACGAGUCGCCGUCCGCCGUCCAGUCCAGAGCUAUCGUUCAGAUUUGCAAAGGUCGCGAUACCAUUGCCCAAGCCCAAUCCGGUACUGGUAAAACGGCAACUUUCUCCAUUAGUAUGCUCCAAGUCAUCGAUACCGCUGUGCGCGAGACCCAGGCUCUUGUCCUUUCACCAACCCGCGAACUUGCGACACAGAUUCAGAGCGUUGUCAUGGCGUUGGGUGAUUACAUGAACGUGCAGUGCCAUGCCUGCAUUGGUGGAACAAACGUGGGCGAGGAUAUUCGCAAGCUCGACUACGGCCAGCACAUCGUAUCCGGCACCCCUGGCCGUGUUGCCGACAUGAUCAGACGUCGCCACUUGCGCACCCGCCAUAUCAAGAUGUUGGUUCUGGAUGAAGCCGACGAACUGCUCAACCAGGGUUUCCGGGAGCAGAUCUACGAUGUGUACCGCUACCUGCCACCCGCCACUCAGGUUGUGGUUGUGUCCGCUACUCUUCCCCACGAUGUCCUUACCAUGACGACCAAGUUCAUGACCGAUCCCGUUCGUAUUCUCGUCAAGCGUGACGAGUUGACGCUCGAAGGCCUCAAGCAAUACUUCAUUGCCGUCGAAAAGGAGGACUGGAAGUUUGACACCCUGUGCGAUCUCUACGAUACCCUUACCAUCACUCAAGCCGUAAUUUUCUGCAACACAAGGAGAAAGGUCGACUGGCUGACAGACAAGAUGAGGGAGGCCAACUUCACUGUCAGCAGUAUGCACGGUGACAUGCCACAAAAGGAGCGUGACAGCAUUAUGCAGGAUUUCAGACAGGGCAACAGCAGAGUGUUGAUCUCGACCGAUGUGUGGGCUCGUGGUAUCGACGUUCAACAAGUCAGUCUGGUCAUCAACUACGACCUUCCCAGCAAUCGUGAGAACUACAUCCACCGCAUCGGUCGUUCGGGCAGAUUCGGGCGUAAGGGUGUCGCUAUCAACUUCGUGACGACGGAGGAUGUGCGCAUCCUCCGCGAUAUCGAGUUGUAUUACUCCACUCAGAUCGACGAAAUGCCCAUGAACGUGGCCGACCUCAUUGCUUGA